AUGUCCAUGAUACAAUCGGAUCAAGAUGAAUCUUCAGAUACUUCAGAAGCAUCUGAAGUAUCUGAUACAUUGGAGGAUAAAGUUAUCGAAGACGAAAAAAUUGAGACUAAGAUUCCGCUAUCAACGUCUAUAGUAUUGGAGAAGCUUCCCGAUCAAAAACAGCUACAAUUGAGCAAAAUAACUCAUGAGAGCAACAUAUUUAAAGUGACAAUUAGAUUCCAGCCAAUAGGCUCCACUCCUAGUAUAAAUCCAAGAGUAUUCAAGAUAUCUUCUAAUCAGUCUAUAUCGACUAUAAGUAAAUUCUUAAUCAAAAAAUUGAAAAUUAAAAGCAAUCUAAUUUACCUAUAUAUACAAAAUUCAUUUCAGCCAAAUCCUGACGAAAAACUAGGAGAUUUGUACAACUUGUUUAAGACAAAUAACGAGUUGAUUAUAAAUUAUUGUUAUUCUAUAGCAUUUGGUUGA